UAGUGCUAAAAGAGGGAAGUGUUUUACAGUCAUGUGCAGCUUCAUCUACUGGGCCAAAGUUGUGGUUUUUGAUGUUUUUAGAAGCCUGAACACAUAAACUGCUGAUCCACGUGAGAAAAAUCUUAUAUCCUGAUCAUAAGCUGUAUUUUUAUAUUCAUCAUGUUUUUAACUUUAAUCAAACAGCGUUAACUUUCUGUCUGGCAACAAAGUAACCUGCAGAAGAGAUGCAACCCAAUAUGCAGACAGUCAGUCUUUUUAUGAAAUGUACAGGGUGCAGAUAUCUCCUGUGUAAGCGAGAAGUGAGACACUGUCUGUCUCUGUGGUUUCUGCUCUUUAUUGAAAUGAAUUUGUCAGUUUCUUCUAGAGCUUCUGUUCUGAACUUAAGUUAACCACUGAAGGUUACAUGUUCCCACACUGUUUUAAGUGCCAUGUUCGAAACUCCAUAUUUGGUAGUUUUACUCUGGAACCAAUCACAAGCAUUAUACUGUCUGAAGUGCCUAUAUAACCCACAGUCAGAUGAUGAAUGUGUGAGGCUUCUCGUUACCCAGUACUGGAAGAGCUGCCUUACUUCUCAUAUAUUAUUUGAUUGAAUCAUUUUUCCCACAUACCGGACAUAACAGACUGGAUUUCUAGUGCAGACUGCAGAAGCUGAUACUCGCUCUGUAAACAGCUCAAACACCUUCAACUGUUUUUGAGAGUUGUUUCCUACAAAUCUAGAGAACUGCAGCCAGUAGUGCCAUUAUAUGCAGUUCCUUCUACUGAUCAAAAGCCUGACAGUAGAAAGCACACUCUUCUGACCCUCCAGGUGAAACAGUUCAUGUUUCCAGUGCAGACUGCAAAAGCUGAUACUUGUUCUUGUCCUCAGUCCUCUUUCCAAGUGACACAGGCAACAAUUCAGGAGAGAAAAAUGGAAAACAGUGAAGAGGGAGAAUAUGCAAAUAGCACAUUUGGAUAUUAUGAAUAUUAUGAAUAUCAUAAUACAUCACAUCAAAACGAAGCUGUGAUCAAAGUUGGAUCCACUGCAGCUCCCAUAGUCUUCACCAUUGUGGUCCUCCUCAGUCUCAUUGGUAACGUCCUGGUUCUGGUGAUCUUUGGACUCUAUGAAAACCUCAAAUCACUGACCAACAUCUUCAUCCUCAACUUGGCUCUGUCUGACCUGAUCUUCACUCUUGGACUUCCGUUUUGGGCCUGUUCCUACAUCUGGAGCUGGACGUUUGGUGAUUUUGUGUGUAAAAGUGUGAACUUUAUCUUCUCUGCUGGAUUUCAUAGUAGUAUUGUGAUCCUGAUGCUGAUGUCCAUUGAGCGCUACGUAGCAGUGGUCCAUCCUCGGUCAAACUGGAACAGAUGGCAGCGAUUUGUCUUUCCUAUCCUUACUUGGGUGUUUAGCUUUGCAGCAGCAUCACCAGAGUUACUGUACAACAAAGUCAUGUCUGACCCAACAGAUAAUAAACAUUGCUGUGACUAUUACAGCAUUGAAGCUAUCAUCGGUUUUACAUAUCAACAGAACAUUUUGUUUGUUGUUGCCUUUUCAGUCAUGGGUUUUUGCUACAUAGGAAUUAUUGUAACCAUCCCCAGGUCCCAGAGAAACAACAGAAACAGGACUAGAAGACUGAUCUUCUGUAUUGUGGUGGUGUUCUUUAUCAGCUGGGCUCCUUAUAACAUUGUGAUGUUUCUGCUCACCUUACUUUUUCAUCGGACCGACACUUUUACACAGUGUGAUGUGUUCAUUCAUUAUGACUCUGCGUUUUAUGUCUGCAGACUGCUCGCUUGUUCCCACUGCUGUUUGAAUCCAGUUAUUUAUGUUUUUGUUGAUGUAAAAUUCCGUAAUCAUUUGAAGACGCUUCUACAGCAAAUGUUUGUGGGACGGUGACCUUCAUCAACUGCUCACAGCAUUAUCUUAUAAAAGCAUUACAAUGAUCAAUAAAUGCUGACAUCAGUCCACUCCAUAAUAUUACACUAUUAGAGAGGCCUUCGCUGCCAUCCAGAUGACGUCUUUUUCAGGGAAGGCCUUGCUUA